AUGAGCAGCAUCACGAGGUCGCUGUCUUUCGGGGAAGCCGAGGGCGGGGAGAACGACUACGGGGGCGCGGGCAUGCCUCCCGCGCCGUUCAGCUCGCCGCGGACGGGGGGAGGGGAUGACUACGGCCUGGCCCGGGUGUCGCCGGAGACGGCGCCCUCGGCGGUGUCGCCCCAGACGGUGGAGAUCAUCAGCACGCCCAGGGGGUCCACCACGGAGACGGGGACGGACUUGUUCUCCGAACGCACGGGGAGCUACAGGGACCAGUCGAGGGACCCCUUCGGGAUGCCCACUGCCGGCAACUCCUACUCCUUCGCGGGCCUGCAGGCCCACAUAGACGACCUGACCCAGGAGAAGUAUGAGCUGCAGCGCGGCAUGGAGUCCCAGGCCAAGAUGGCCCAGUCCCUUGCUGAGGAGAACGAGGCGCUGGCCGAGCGCUUCAACGGGCAGGGACGGGAGCUCGAGGCGGCCAGGAAGGAGCUGGAGCAGUGCAGGGCGGAGGUGAGGGCCCAAGGCAUGGCGAUGGAGUCCCUGGCCAACGAGAGGGAUGGGUGCAAGGCGGGGGCGCAGGAGGCGCUGGAGAGGGUGCAGGCCAUGGUGGAGGAGAAUGUGGGCUUGGAGGAGCGGGUGCGGGAGCUGCGCGUGAAGGAGAUCCGCCUCACCAAGCAGCUGGAAGACUCCCAGGAGGAGUGCCGGAGCUUGGGGUCCGUGUUGCAGAAGCUGAGGGGUGAGCGAGACUGGCUGCUUGAGGCGGGGCCCAAGGGCCAGCCUGAAGGCACGGAGGGCAAGGGGCCAGGGGAGGAAGGCAACCCCAAGUCCCAUAUGGCGCCCCCCUCCCCGCCUGUGCAGACCCGCUCCACGGGCAUGCAGACUGAGCCCAUACCCCCUGACACACCCCCGCCUGCCCCCUCUGCCCCCCACACUCCCCAGCAGGAGGCCCUUGCCCUGGGCCGGACCCGGGACCUGGGGGCUGGGCCCACUGGCCAGGACUUGGGGCCCCGGGAGGAAUUGGUGCCUGACGUGGCGCCCCUGGCGUUGCUGGGCACGCUGACGGCGGAGGUUUCUGGGUUGGGGGAUGAGGAGGGGCGGGUGAUGGGGGCCAUCGAUGGGCUGCUGGACGGGCUGCAGGAGCAGAGGCGGGUGAUGGUGGCACGGCUGCACGCAUCAAAGGCGGAGAUCACAAAUCUCAGGGCCGCCAACCAGGACCUGUCCCGAAAGCUGCAGAGCCAGACGCACAAGCUCGAGCUGUCGCUGCGCUCAAACGGCGGUCUUGGCCAGCAGCCAUACGACGACCGCCCAGUGUCGCCACCAAUAUCCCCCGCCAAGUCGGAGCCCAUCGCCAUGCGGCCCCGGGAGCAACACCCACCCCAACAGAGGGGGUGGGUGGGAUGGAUGUUUGGCCAGCCGCGGCAGUUGGCACGAGGCAGGCUGACAUGA